UGAUUGAGACACUAAAAUAUUAUGGACGGAAGAAUCAAUUAGCUACAUCAUGGAGUAAUAUGGUGAUAUGGGAUACAAAAAUUAAGGCCAAUAACGUUUAAAAAACUUGGGUAGGAAUUUAAUCUAUUUUUGUCUAUCGGAAUUAAAAGCGUUGACCAUGUAAACCUUGUGGUCGUUUGAAAGUUGCCAUGGUGACAGAUAGACAAGAUCCAAGUAUAAUCAGCAUCGUCGCUCAGCGUACUUUUCAUUGCUGAUAACGGGAACAUCUUAAAACCGCUUCAAUGACGGAAACAAUGCAUCGGCGGGCCUUCAACUUUAACACAGUAUCGCAGGCCCAUAGAGAUGUCGUUGACGAUCGAUACCGUGAUUUGCGGCGCCCUAGGAAAGUGCGGUUCUUCGUUAAUGGGGAUCGUUACUUUAAGGGGAAAAAGUUGUACAUAACUCCGCACAGAUACUUUAAUUUCAACGACUUGUUGAAUGAUCUUACGGGUAAAUUGCCAUCUAAUCUCAGCUUGCCGUACGGGGUACGACAGAUCUUUACUCCAAGUAGCGGACAUCGUGUUGUGGAUAUAGAGGAUCUCCAAGAUGGGCGCUCGUACGUGUGCGCUGGCUUUGAGGGCUAUAAACCCAUCAAAUAUGGGAAGGCAGAGCUCGAACCGUGGUCUUUAGGUGAACCUAAAAAACAAGCACCACCUCCUUCCAGCACCGCACGAGCCCACCAGCAUGACCAAUAUGACCCAGAUCAAAACUACACACAGGGUCUCAAUACCCGACCCCGCAUGUAUGGGAAUGCAUUUCAACCGGGGCGGUACUUGCAGGGUAAAGGUGGCAUCGAGACCUCCACCCAUCACAGGCGAUUUCCGGGUGCGUUUGGGCCCGCAAGUCGAAACAGCUACUUGGCCCAUGGGGGUGAAGCUCAGGUUCCGUUGAAACCCAAAGUGAUAACAAUAGUUCGCAAUGGGGCCAAACCUAGAAACAAUGUUAAGAUUUUACUAAACCGUAGGAGUGUUCAGUCCUUUGAACAACUUAUGGGUGAUAUUUCUGAAGCGUUCGGUCCUAAAUGGAAAACCAAUAAAGUGCGAAAGUUGUUCACUGUUCGAGGAAGGGAGGUGCAAGGUGUUGCAGACUUUUUCAGAGAUGAUGAUAUUUUUAUUGGUGUCGGAAAUGACCCACUCACAGAACAUGAUGUUCAUGACAUUAUAGAGGAGGUCUACCCAGACAGUCCGUAUGCAAAGAACAUUAUGAAAGACUUUGAAAGACAAAAACGGAAAAGGCUAGCACAAGUGAAAGAACCAAUAAAAGACCAUGAUGCGGAUAAACGUGAUAGUGGUUUCGGGGAAGGAAGUGAUGGAAGCAAUAGAGAUGCCGACUCAGAAUAUGUUCUGUACAAAGGACGACCGACAGAGAAGGGGAAACGUAGGAAUGAGUAUCCAAGAGACUUGGAAGUUGCAAUGAGAUUAGAUAGAGAGAAAGAGAAAGCGGCACAGGAGGAGAAGGACAGAGUAAAAAAACAGAGAAUGAAGAUGGUUGAUACAGAAAGAAGAGCUCAGGAAGAAGAAAACAGAAAACGUCGACAAGUUCCAAAGGAAGGUAGAGGAGAUGAUCCUUUUAAGAAGAUGAAAGAACAAAAGGAAAAAGAGAGGGAAGAAAUGAGGAGAAAGAGAGAUGAGGAAAGGAAGAGACAGGAAGAUGAGGACAAGCAAAGAAGAGAUGAAGAAAGACAGAGAAGAGAAAAAGACAAACAUGACAGAGACCAAGCGGAAGCAGCUGCUAGAGAAAGACAAGCAGCAGCCGAGAAGGACAGACAGGAGAGGGAGAAAGAAAAGGCUGAAAAGAGAGCUGCUAGGGACAGAGAAAGGGAACAGAAGGAUAAAGAAGCAAAGGAGAAAGAGAUGAAAGAAAAGGAAAAAGAGAAACAUGAUAAAGAUAAAGCUCAUCCUGAAAAACAUCAUAGUGAUAAACAUCAUGGUGAAAAGCAUGAAAAGGAAAAGGAUCAUAAGGAGAAAGAAAAGGAGAAGGGACACGGUGAAAAGGAAGAGAAAGCUAAAGAUACGGAAAAUGAGAAAGAUGUAGAUGAAAAAGCGGAUAAGAAUAAAGUUGACAAUAAGGAAAGAGACAAUAAAGAGGCAGAGAGGAGGAAGAAAAAGACUAGUAAAAAUAGGAUUAUAAGAAAAACUAAGUUAGAAAGACAAAUAAGUAGUGAUGAACAUGUGACAUCCAAAUAUGAUUUAGGACGGACUUUAGGUGAUGGCAAUUUUGCCAUUGUUCGAAUGUCAAAGAUGAAGGCUACUGGUGUAGAAUAUGCUAUGAAAGUGAUUGAUAAAUCUAAACUCAAGGGAAAGGAACACAUGGUGGAAAAUGAAAUUGAAAUAAUGAAGGAUUGUAAUCAUCCUAACAUUGUAAAAUUGUAUGAAGAAUAUGAGACAGUGGACAAGAUUUAUCUGGUUAUGGAGCUUGUGAAGGGUGGUGACUUGUUUGACGCAAUCACCCAGAGCGUCAAGUUCGGAGAGGUGGACGCAGCCCAUAUGGUGAAAGAUCUCUGCAGCGCUCUGUUCUACCUGCACUCCCGCAUCAUCGUACAUAGGGACUUGAAACCAGAAAACUUGUUGGUGCAUCGUAACAAGGACAUGACGAUAUCCCUGAAGCUUGCCGAUUUUGGCCUGGCUAUGGACGUGAAGGAGUCAAUAUACACCGUGUGUGGUACCCCCACUUACGUGGCUCCAGAAAUCCUCUCAGAAAUAGGAUAUGGUCUCGAAGUUGACAUGUGGGCAGUGGGCGUGAUAACCUACAUCCUACUCUGCGGGUUUCCCCCGUUCCGAAGUCCCGACAGAAACCAGACGGAACUGUUCGAGUUCAUCAAGGCGGGAGAAUACGAGUUUCUUAGCCCAUACUGGGACAAUAUCUCAUCUAGUGCUAAAGAUCUGAUUGAGCAUCUACUGGUAGUAGAGAAGAAGCGUCGCUACACGGCGAUCGACGUUCUAUGCCACCCCUGGAUUCUAUGUGGCGGUGAUGUGUCGAGUAUGGAUGCAUCGAGAAUAGACGAGCUUCGUAAAGUCUCACGGAAGGAAUUUGAAACCCAGGCUGCUUUGAAUCGUGAGUCGUAUCAGAAGAUGAAAGAGAAGCGUGCUCUGACUGGAUGAUGUUGAUCGAUGAAUUUAGACAUUUCCGGAAGUGCUUAUAUUUGUAUAGAUGGACAUACUGUUGUAUGAAUAAUUGAAUUGCUAACUGCUGACAAAGUUAUAAAUAGGGUAGCUCUGUGGUGUAUUCAGCUCAGAUAUUUGACUACAAGUUUAGUUUACCUUGUAUGUGUAGAUAUGAUUUUUGAAUAGGUUUGCUGAUUUUAUUGUUUUAUUGUUAAACUUAGAAGCAUAACAAAAUUUCAUGGAUUUUGAUUAACAAGGGAAAUAACUGUUAACUGCUCAUGUAAUUUGCUUAUUAUUACAAUGUCAGUAAUGGCAUAUGUAACUCUGACUAGUGCAUAUAGUUCAAGUCAAGUUCAAAAAAAGAAAAAAGAAAUAUAGUGCAUACAAAGCCAGUGCCAAUUCAGGUUUCCAUACAUGUCUCUGAUUACAAUUGAAACUAUCUAGUAGCAAACUGUAUUUAACAUUUUAAAGCAAGAAUGGAAAUUUGAAGUUUUAAACGGAAAAAAUGAUUAAAAUGUCAAAAUAUUUUAAUGUCAAACUAGGAGUCUCAGGUUUUUGGUUUGUGUGUUUUUUGUUGAAACAAUAAAAGGGAGAGAAUUUAAGAUAAAUCAUUUCAUGCAGAUGUUCAAAUCAACCUUGUUUUCAAUCAAUUGACAUUUUGGAUGUUUUUAUCGCAUAUUAGAUAAUUCCAUUGUUGAUUAUGAUGAUAGACAUAAAUUUACUUCAUAUUUACGGCAAUGUUACUAUUUAGUCAAAUAAUCAUGAUUAAUUUUCAUUGAUGAAAUAAUUCACAAAAUCAUGUUCUCUAUUAAUUGAUAAUGAAAUGAAGGAUUUGUUGAUUUUUAUAAUAUGCUUUACCUUGAACAUCAUUGAUACACAUACAUUCAAAUAUUUUGUAAAGUAAUUAAAGAGGUUGCCAAACACUACUUGUAAUUGUUAAUGUACCAGUGGACUACUUUUUAUGCACUACAUCAUCCAUGUACAUGUACAUGUGGACUACUUUUUCUGCUUUACAUCAUCCAGGUACAUGUACAUGCGGACUACUUUUUGUGCACUACAUCAUCCACGUACAUGCACAUGUGGACUACUUUUUGUGCACAACGUCAUCAAAGGUUGUGUACAUUUUACAAGUUUUUAAUUACAUGGAAAAUAACAUGAGGGAAGUGAUUUAUCUGAUAUAAGCGAGCCUACAGGUAGUUUAAAGCGAGAUUUUGCGUACAAGUUUUAACUUAUCCGUAAAUUUUACCUGUACAUGUAGCUAUGCGUACAAGUUGAUGUAUAAGUAAUGUUGUGCAACCUCUUUAUGUUUUAGGUUUUUCAUGACAUGAACAUAACUUAUCAAAUUAUACCACUUUGAUUUAUUUUUUUCUAAUUUGUUUAGAGACAGACAUUAUGAAUAUCGUCCGUCCACAUAGAAAAUCUCAAAUUAGUAUUUAUUCUGGUAAAUAUUUGCAUUUUGCCAUAAGGACUGGUUUAAAACAUUCUGAAGAGUUUUGCAUAGUCUGUUUUAAAGAUUCGUUAAUAUAUAUAUAUAUUCAGUAUUCAGUUACAGGCAAAUAUCUUAUUAAUAACAUUAUAGAUCUGUGUAUAGUUAUAUCAUUUAUAUGCUUAAAUGAAAAAAGGUCAUUUUAAAUUAUCAAGUGUUUUACAUACUGUUUUAACCAGUUUUCAAAAAACAACAACAGAAUAUCUCGUUAUUCAUUCAAAUUUAGUUAUGUUAUAUUGUGCAUACAGGAUUGAAAAAUGGUUAUGUUGUAAUAAAUGAUUUCACGAAAAAAGAAUGGACACAAAUUGGAAUCUAGUAAAAUUAUUGACACAUAUAUAGAAUCCAGUAAAAAUGGAUGUUUUUAGUUUAUGAAAUUUCAUAGCACUAUCAUGUCAUUGAUAGUUUUUGCUCACGAACAGGAGUUACAGAUUGGUCGAGUAUUUGUUCAAAGUGUGACUAUGAAUGUAUGGAAGCAUAUACUGUAUAUACUGAUAAUAUGGUCAUGUGGUCUUACCCUCUUGUUUUAUAUUACUUGAUGGUGAUAACAUGAGAAUUGUCAAAAUUAAGCCGACUUGUCAGCUUAUUAAGUGGAUUUGGCAACAUAUUUUUUAUCGAUUGAACAUUCUAUGUCGACUGCUUUUUUUAUGUAACACAGUUAUAUUGAUUUGUCAAUCAAACUUGUACCAACUUAUCCAGUUGGUAAGUGAGCAAGUUGACACAAUUUUGACCAAAUGUUGUGUUAUAGUUAAUCAUGACAACAUAAAUCAAGUCUACAAGACAACAUGAUAUCCUUAUCAGUAUAUACCAUAUACGCUUCCGUAAUAAAUGACCUUUCUUCUACAAUAAUGUGUAUAUAAUACUUUAUUUAUGCUAUGUUAUAUCUUCAUGACAAAUUAUGUACUAUAUUUUAAGAAUUGCUUUCAUGGGUGCAAGAUGCAAGCCUAAAAACAACAUGUUAAGACUGUGAAUGUAUUAUUAUGUACAUUAUUUUAUUAUUUUCUCAUAUAAUUAGCUAAUCUCCAUGUUAACUAUUAUUGAAACAAAUUGCAAAUGUGUUUAAUAUAACGAUUUUUCUACAAAUGAUUUAUCAUUCAAUUACAUUCCGUCCAAGUGAAAGAUAUUUUAUCUUUUUAUUUUUGUUAAAAGUUUUUUGUAUCUAUUUAUUUUAUAUAUUUGUUAUAAUGAUAUAUUUUUGAAAAUUGUUUUGAAGGUUAAAUGUGUUACUGAUAUAUUUAUCAGAAUUAAAUGAAAUAUAUUAUUUUAUUAUUAAGUAUAAUUUUCUUUUGCAUGAAUUAUGGUUUACAAAUGGUCAUGGUUUUUGAAAGGGAAGUAAUUCAAAUACACAGUUUAUCAGAUAAUUUCAGUAUUUUUAGAAUUGUAAACAUUGUAUUGUUACAAAGAGAAUGUAUUGCAUUACUUACUCCAUAUUUCAAACAGCAAUGUAGUAACAAGGACCAGGGGUGUUAUUUAAUAUCAAACUAACAUUGAACUUAAAGUAAAGCUCAGAAUUCAAGUGCUUUGAUUGGACAGUAAAAAUAGUUGACCAAUAGACUGAAUGUGAUCAUUGAGGCUUGUCUUAGGAUAAGGAUUAUAUUGUUUAUGGGGUCAGGACAGUCUUAUGGAUUAGCUGUAUUUCAUGCAUCACUGAUUAAAAUAUUUGAGGCCCCCAUAUUUGAUUUAUUCUGAUAUAUUUUUAUUAAUCAAUGGUCACAGCUUAAUGCCGAUGACUAUCAAUUGAGUUAAUCUACAAAUAGAUAUUAUCAGGGCCUCAUAAAUUGUGUGGCAGUUAUUAUCACAAACCUUGUGCAUCUAAAUCAGGGCCUCAUAAAUUGUGUGGCAGUUAUUAUCACAGACCUUGUGCAUCUAACAUCAUGGGUGGCAUUUUAUAUACGACAAUAUACAACUUAAGUUAAUCUUAUGAUCGUACAUUAUUGACUUCAUUCACUCCAUUGGUCAGUUAUUGAUAACAAGUAAUCUGAUUAGCUACAUCGUUCUAAGAUCCAAUUAAGACCAAUAUUGAAUACAAGUUCAGGGCCUCUAAAAUGUGAUGCAAUAAUAAUCAUGGACGUUGUCCAUCUUACAUUGAAAACUAUGCAGUCACUGUUUUCAUGAGAUGAAGAAGGAACCCCAGUCUCACAAAUUUUCCCCGUCAGGCCAUAUUUAAAAAUAUGUAAGGUUGAAGUUACCCGACCCAAUCAAUAAAAUCAGUCUGAAUCAAAGAAAAUCUUGGAUAUCUGCAUUGUCAAUUUGUAUUUGUAGCCAAAAGCUGCAUACUGCUGGAAGUAAAGUAUUAUAAAAAAAAUCCCUACUUUCCUUCCUUCCACCUCCCAAGGUUGUGGGUAUGGUUACUGUAAACAGAUUUUUUUUUAAUAGUGGCCUUAAAUACAGUUUUUUUUUCGAGAAUAUCAGUAAAGAUGAAAUGAAAAUUGUGUUUAUGUUUAAACUGAUGAUUGUGAUAUGUUUAGCUGUUGUUGAUUGUUACGGCAAAUGUGAUUUAUAUGUGUGAAAAGUAUCUGUGAUAUUUCAUAUAUAAUAAUAGUGAUAAUAAUAAUUAUGUAUAUUUUUUUUAAUAAUUGUUAAGUUUUAUGCCCAAUAUUUGCUUAAUGCAUUAUAUAUAUUUUUCAAAUUCUACUGCAAUUGCACUUAAUUAGAAUAUAAAUUGCGAAUUUAUUUUGAUAUAUACAUCAAUUUUAUAAAAAUUUGAAAUGACAACCUUUGCCUAUAGAAAGACUUCUAUAGAUCAAGAAUGAAAUUUAAACCUCUUUUUUUUAAGAAACAAAUAUGUGAAACAAACAACAAAAUUGUUGGUGUAUUGUUUUUUAAGGACAAACUUUUUUUCAUAUUUAAUUGUAUUUAUGUAUUACAGGGUAAUGAUCCUGAAAAAUACAAGAAUAUAUUAAAGUAGAAGUCAUGAUUAAUUAAUUUAAAUGAAUUUAGAAAAGAUUUUAUUUUAAGAUUAUUGUAUGUCAGAUUAUUUACUCAGGAUAACUUUUAUUGAAUAAAACUAUGCAUUAAUGUUUAAGGAAUGUCUGAGUGUGUCAAGAAACACAUCCUCCAUAUAAAGUAAUUAACCUAUUCUUCUUCUCUUUUUUUUGGAAAAAAUAAAUAUUUUUGGUUUAAUAUUAAAAAAAAAACACUAAAGCUUCUGGCCCCAAUUUCUCAAAAGUUAUAAAGUGUAACUAGCUUAAGUAGUUUAUUUCAUCAAGGCAAAUUUCUUACUAAAUCUAUUUUGAUAAAUAAAAAAAAAUCAUAAUCAAUAUUAUAUUAAAUUUUCUUUUCAGACUUAAGUCUAUUAAAAAUGUAAAUAUUACACAAAUUAUACCAAAAUAAAAGUAUUGAGCUUAACUUAAACAUUCUAUAAGGGACUUCAGAUAUUUCAAGAAAUUGGGGCCCGUUUACCUGAAAAUUAUUUUGGCUAAUCUUAUUACAUUUUUUUUCUCCCCUAUGAAGUUGAUAUUGGGUAUAUUUUGCCAGCCUAAUGCAAGAACUCGAUAAAUGCUUGUAUAUGCUCCUAAGGAGUUCUUGUAGUAGGAUGACUUUUAUUUUUCUUCUAGUGAUCACUGUAAAUAUAGAUACAUUCAUGCCCAGUAGAAUUUAUAAACCCAUCGUACUUACACAUAACUUGUGCUGCUGUUGCUGUCGGUUAUUGUUGCCGUAGAAUCAGAAAUAAAAUCAUAUUUCAUGAAAGAA